UUAGCGCUGUUAGCUCGGUCUGUUGCUACGAAAAUACAACGACACUACGGCUUUUUUUUCGAACGAAGCGGCGAUGUCUUCGCUUCGUUGUUUGAGAGAGUUGAUUAGCGAGCGACUAACUGCUGCCGCUGAAGAAAUAUUCACACACGUAGAGAAUAUAAUCGUCGAGUACAAGGAAGAGGUGGAUCGUCAGCGAAAACUGUUGGAGAUCGUUAGUAAACCUCGAUUGAGGCUACAGCGGAUAGAGCUUCCACUGAAAGAUGUUCUUCAGGAGGAGGAGGUUUUCACUGAGCAGCAGCUCUGUAACCAGGAGUGGAACUCAAGUCUGGACCCAGAGGAACCAGAGUCUCUACCGAUCAAAGAGGAAGAGGAAGAAAUCUGCACCAGUCAGGAGCAGGAGCAGCUUGAACUGAAGCAGGAGGCUAAUACCUUUAUGUUGACUCCUGAUAGUAAAGAAAGUGAUCACAUGGAACAAGAACCACACACUGACCACCAGCUCCUCUCUGGUAUAGCUGAGAGUCAAGAUCAGACAGUCCACAUGAGUAAAAAUACAGUUAAAAAGCCCCAUAUGUGCAACAUUUGUAAGAAAUCCUUUGCUGGUAAAGGUAGCUUGAAUAUCCACAAGAGAACUCACACAGGUGAGAGGCCAUUUUCUUGUGAAACAUGUGGGAAGUGUUUUCGACAAAUAACUCAUUUGGUUAUCCACAAAAAAACUCACACAGGUGAAAAGCCCUAUAUUUGCAACGUUUGUAAGAAAUGCUUUUCGCGUAAAUACUGCUUGAAUGUCCACAUGAGAACUCACACAGGCGAGAAGCCAUUUUCCUGUGAAGCGUGUGGAAAAUGUUUUCAAUCUGCACUAACUUUGGUGCUUCACAAAAGAAUUCACACAGGUGAAAAGCCACAUACUUGUGAAACAUGUGGAAAGUGUUUUCGACAAAGUUCGGAGUUGAUAAUCCACCAAAGUAUUCACACAGGGGAGAAGCCUUAUUCUUGUGGAACCUGUGGAAAGUCUUUUAAACGCUGUUCAGAUUUGACAAUCCACAUGAGAACUCACACGGGUGAGAAGCCAUAUUCUUGUGCAAUAUGUGGAAAGUCUUAUCGACAUAUUUCACACUUGAUAACCCACAGAAGAACUCACACAGGUGAGAAGCCCUAUGUUUGCCACAUUUGUAAGAAUUGUUUUGCACGUAGAGAUACCUUGAGGAGACACAUAAGAACUCACAGGUGUGAAGUACCGAAAUGAAAAAAACACAUGUUGGUCAAUCAUUGUAGGCUCUGCUAAAAUCAAAAUUGAUUUUGAGUGUCAUCAGUAUUUUAAAGGCAUGAUAAAAUGUGCCAAAUGUAAUUUCAUUGUCUUGGCCAUUGUCUUUCACACAGGUGAAAAGCCCUACAUUUGCAACGUUUGUAAGAAAUGCUUUUUGCGUAAAUACGGUUUGAAUGUCCACAUGAGAACUCACACAGACGAGAAGCCAUUUUGUGAAGCAUGUGGAAAGUGUUUUCGAUCUGCACUUAAAGAAUUCACACAGGUGAGAAGCCACGUAGUUGUGAAAUAUGUGGAAAGAGUUUUCGACAAAGUUUGGCUUUGAUAAUCCACAAAAAAACUCACACCAAUGAGAAGCCCCAUAUGUGCAACAUUUGUAAGAAAUUCUACAUGCUCAAAAAUACCCUGAAGGUCCACAUGAGAACUCAACACAGGUGAGAGACCAUAUACCACUUCAGCAUCUGCUGAAGGUAAUUUGGUAAUGUGAGACUCCAAUAAUUAUCAUCAUUAGCAUCAAGAUGAGUUUUAUGAAAAACCACACAGGAACUGCCGAGUGAAGAAUCAACUGCAAACUGCAGUAUUUGUAGGAAACCAAUGGUUUAAGAAACCCUUGAAGCAAAAAUUUCCCUCUAAGACGUCACAUUAUCUGUGUUUAUUAUUGAUCUUUGCAUUUUAUUAAUCUAGCCCAUUUUUUGUUUUGUCCUGUAUAUGAUGAUUGUCUUUUUUUUUUUUUUUUUUACUCAUGAGCCCGAUUUACUUUCUGUUUGGGACCUUGACCUUUUAAGGCCCCAGGUCUCUGCCUCCAUAGAAAACGAUGUGCUCUGAACAUGUGAUGCCUGACAGAGGGAAGGAAAGGAAAGGAAAGGGAAAUCAUUUUUAUUGUCAUGAUCAUACAACUGAAAUUGUACAACGAAGGGAGGAAACUCACACAGACACGGGGGAGAACAUACAAACUCCACACUGACAGGCCACGACUCACCACUGUGCCACUACUUUAAGCUUAAUUACUCACAUAUUCUUAUAACCAGACCUGGUGUUAAAUAUUAACAGCCAUAACUUACAAUAAGACCCAAACUAGGUGCCUUCAAAGGUUCCCUCCCUAGAUACCAAGGCGCCAGACAUCUGGACCGGAUACAACAAAGUCUUUCAACUUAACUCAUCACUGACUCAAGAGGUUCCACCGUUGGUAAUUGUCAAAAUCUCCAUAACAAUUAGCGCAAUAAUUUUAAAAGGUGGAGCUAAAUGAUUUUUUUUUUUAAAUUUGGCCGAUGCUGAGUUCUGAUUAUCCAGUAGAUAGAGUGUGUGAUUGGGAUUUUCUGAAUUCUAUAUGCACAAAAAUAACCUCACAACCGCAGAGCAGACAAAGCUCUGCGCCCAUCAUGUGAUCCCUUGCUUGGACCGAAGGUUGGGAACCAUGGAAGAAACCAUUGAGGCAAAAACGUCACACAGAGAAGACGUCGCAGUAUUUGUUUAUUGAUCAUCAGCAUUGUUUUUACAUUUCAGUAAAGUAGCCCUUUUAUUUUUAUUUUAUCCUUUUUACAUUACGGUUGUUCUUAUCUUCUGAAGAGUUUUUAUGUCAAACAUGUAUUGCUGUUUUUUUUUAAAGUUUUGACUUCCUGUGCUCCUUUUUUACAUCACCUGUGAUAUGAUGAGGAAUAAAAAUAUUUAUACAUGGA